UAGAAAAUAAGAAUUAAGGAUAUGAUAAUAAGCAAGGAUUGACAUAUUUCAACAGGACUGAAGAAUGGAAAAGAAGGAGGAGGAAAUCAAACUUAAAUCCCCAAUCCGUUGCAUCGUCAAACUCGGAGGUGCUGCAAUUACAUGCAAAAAUGACUUUGAAAAGAUCAAUGAAGACGACCUCAUUACAGUUUCUUCACAAUUGCGGGAGGCAAUGAUCAUGUCUAAAUCUUUUUCACCUGGGCCCGUACUUGAGAUGGACUGGAGCAAAAGACCUGGAAUUUCAGAAACUCUAAGUAGAGUUGAUGAUUUUGCGGGACAGCAGGUUUUACAUUACCACAAUUUCGUUGUUAUUCAUGGCGCGGGUUCUUUUGGUCACUUUCAAGCUAGCAAAUCCGGUGUUCAUAAAGGGGGGCUAAAUCAACCUCUUGUGAAAGCAGGUUUUGUUGCCACUCGUAUUUCGGUAACUUCGCUCAAUCUUGAAAUAGUUAGAGCUCUUGCAAGAGAGGGUAUUCCGUCAGUUGCAAUGUCUCCAUUUUCAUGUGGAUGGUCAACCCGUCAAAGAAAUAUAGUUUCUGCUGAUGUGUCGAAUGUGGUUGAGGCUCUUGACUCUGGUUUUGUUCCAGUUCUGCACGGUGAUGCUGUUCUUGAUGAAUCACUGGGUUGCACUAUAUUAAGUGGAGAUGUAAUCAUAAGCCAUCUGGCAGCCCACCUGAGGCCUCAAUUCGUUGUUUUCCUUACAGAUGUUUCUGGAGUAUAUGAUCGUCCUCCCUCAGAACCUAAUGCCAUACUCCUCAGGGAGAUUGCUGUACGUGAAGAUGGCAGCUGGUCCGUUGUAAAACCAACAUUUGAAGGCACUAAGCAAGUUGAGAUUAGUGUAGCAUCCCAUGAUACAACAGGGGGGAUGGUAACUAAAAUAUCUGAAGCCGCAUUGAUUGCUAAACUUGGGAUUGAUGUGUAUAUUGUGAAGGCAGCAACGAAACACUCGUUGACAGCCCUAAGCGGCAAAUUGAGAGAGGAAAUCCCAGAAGAUUGGCUUGGAACAAUUAUCCGUUAUGUUUCAUAAAAUGAUCAUCAAAGUGCAUUCUGCAACUAUAUUUUUUCACAAAACCGAGUGUUGGGCAUCUGCACUUCUGCUCUUUGUUGUUGUAUCAUGCAAUUUUACACAUUCAUAAUAAUAAAUAUCAUCAGAAUUUGGAAAUA